GGUCAUGUUGACAUUGCCGCCGACGCCGAGAGCACCGAUCACAAGCAAGAAAGCAUCUCCUCAGUGGUGUCCGCGUGCGUGCGUCCCCGGUGGCAUGCCUGAGGUCGCCGUCAUGUCGGCACCGGCUGCUGAGCAGGGUCGCCGUCGUCGGCUGGAGCCGGAGGGCGACGACUAUCAGGCCACAGCUGCGUCGCCGUCGCCGCACGCCCGGGCGCCGCCGUCGUCGCGGUACAAGGGCGUGGUGCCGCAGCCCAACGGGCGGUGGGGCGCGCAGACAUACGAGCGGCACGCGCGCGUGUGGCUCGGCACGUUCGCCGACGAGGCGGCCGCCGCGCGCGCCUACGACGUGGCCGCGCUCCGCUUCCGCGGCCGCGGCGCCGCCGCCAACUUCCCGGGCCACCCCGCAGACGCGGCCGAGAUGGCGUUCCUCGCCGCGCGGCCCAAGGCCGAGGUCGUCGACAUGCUGCGGAAGCACACCUACGACGACGAGCUCCGGCAGGCGCUGCGCUCCGGCGGCAGCGGCGGUGGUGACCGGUCUCUGGUGGUACUCCCACGGGUGACGAUGUUCGAGAAGGCGGUGACGCCGAGCGACGUCGGCCGGCUCAACCGGAUGGUAGUGCCGAAGCUCCACGCCGAGAAGCACUUCCCGCGGAUCGAGGAGGCCGCCGACGCGGCGCCCGUGCUGCUCGCCUUCGAGGACGUCGGCGUCGGCGGCGGGACCGGGAAGGUGUGGCGGUUCCGGUACUCGUACUGGAGCAGCAGCCAGAGCUACGUGCUCACCCGGGGCUGGAGCCGCUUCGUCAGGGAGAAGGGCCUUGCCGCCGGUGACACCGUCGCGUUCUCGCAGGCGGCGAUCACCGACGACGCGGAGACGACUACGGAUGUGAAGCGGCGGCGGAUGUUCAUCGAGUGCAGGAAGCGGAAGAGGAAAGACGACGACGGCUGCAGCGACGGCAACGACGGCGACCAUUGUCCUGACGAUGGCGGUGAGCGCGUCGUCAGGCUGUUCGGCGCCAACAUUGCCGCCGCUGCGAUUGGAGCUUCAUGAUGCAUGGCAUGGGUGUUGAACACUUGAACGACAUUUGAAAAAUGAGUUCGUUCAUGCCUCGGAUUGGGAAUGGUACGGUGAAUGCAUAUGCAUCAUGAUCAAUAAGGUGCUCCGAAUUGGGGAGUCUCGAUCAUGUUUUUUUUUUCACUAGUACAUAAAAGCUCUAUGCUGGCGGUGGCCUUUUAUUUCUACAGGCGGUUUCUCUUGACAUUGGCUAGUAGAAAUCAAACAGUCCGCUAAAAAGCAUUUCCAUAUGUGGUUCAGUUAAGCCAAUAGACACUAAAAAUCAUGUUUCCACUGGAGGUUGGCUUAAAUGAACCGUAUAUGAAAAUUGAUUUCUACAGGCGGUUGUCUUAACUGAACCGCCUAUGAAAAUCGAUUUGCACAGGUGGUUCUCAGUUAACCAAUAGUGGAAAGAUGGCUUAUGAACCGCCUAUACAGAUUUUCUUUGU